UCAGCCUCCUUUAAAAGAGACACAUAAGCACCUAAAACUGUUGUGCUUUGUGCUCUGCUAAAACACCCAAUACUGCGAAGUGGAAGGAUCCCUGAAAGUGGCACCGGAAGCCAUGUCAGGCAGAAAAUCCAAGAAGAACCAGAGACUUGGUUCAUCACGACGAGGUCCUAAAGGUCUUAACAGAAAUACUGAGAAGGAUGAUGAUGAUGAUGAUGGGUUUCAGCAGACUGCAGAGUCUGAGGAUGGGCGAGAUGAAUUUCACACCACCAGUGAUUACCAUGCAACCCAGUUUGAUCAUCCACCAAGCUCAAGCAUUGAACAACAAACAUCUGCUUUAGAAUGUCCUCCACAUGCAAGGGGUCACAAGGAUUCACUAAUGGAGACUGAACUGCCAGAACGGAAAAGAAAAAUGGGUUCAACUCGCAAGAGUACUGGUAGGUUUAAAGGUGAGAGAAAACUUGAUGACGUGAGGACCACUGAAGAGUUAGAUGAAGAAUAUGUAACUCAACCAAACACAUCAACCACUGAGGAACAACAUGCUUCUCUAACAAAAGAGGAACAAUCAAGUUUUCCUUCUGAUUUAUCCCUUCAGACCAAAAGUUCUGGUUUUGGAAAGGAGUCUGGAACAACUCCUGUGUUUGCAGUUUCAGAAAAUAAAGGAAAAGGUACAAUCCACCAUCAAGAAAUAACCUUUCAUUCACAUGAGGUAGUAAGUGAGAUGCCUAUAGACGAGGCAAUGGGGCCAUCUGUCCAUUCUAUUCCUGUCACAGUAGCUGAACGUGAUUUGUUGCGGGAGGAUUCAGUCAUGUUUAAUGAACCAAAAACACUUAGUCACCAAGAAACCCAAAUAGCCAGUACCUCUGGACAAAAAAGAAGGAUGGGCUCAACCCGCAGACCUCUCGGAGGGCAAAACAGUGAAAUUGUAGGUGUGCAAGAACAUUCACGAAACAUGACAGAGAAUGAAAGGAAAGCAAAAGUCAUGGGCGAAGCAAAGUUGAAAAUGUCAGAAGAGAUGGCGCAAACAUGGGAUGAUGUGGCAAGAGUUGAUCCAUCGUCCCACACAGAAUCAGCUUUGCUUUUAAGUCAGUCUCUAUUGGCCGAUAGAGCUGAGCUGAAAGAGUCUGAUGUUUCGGCUGGAACUGAAACUAUGAACCAAUCAGUUGCUUUUCCCCUUGUUGAUUCAGAAAAGCCCCUACCUGAAACAUCUAGCCACCAUGGGACUCCAUUACUGAACGAGGCAAUGGAUUUUAAGUUUGGUUCACACACUGAGGAUUUAGAUGUUCUAAAUAAAGUUUUAAAAGAAGCAGGAAGUCAUUUAAGUGAUAACAGCCAACAUGUGUCUGAUACAAGAAAAGAUACAAACCCAUCUUAUGACUUUAGCGAUGUGAACACAGAAUCCAAGAAGGAGGUUCUAAAGCAGAAAGAGGAACCACAAUUAGAGGAACUUGAGUUGCAUGAUCAAGAAUCUUCAUUAAGCCAACAUGACAUAGCUACUCUAAAUAAUAACUAUGAUUGUUCUAUGGUUCAACAUAUAAUGGGAGGAAGUAGAAGUUUUGAUAUGCCUAUGUCUAACAUUAGCCAUGCUGAACCCACAAUGACCAAUUUACCACAUGAGAUGAGGGAUGCUGUUGAAGAAAGGCAAGAGAUUAAUAUAGAAAUGAAACAAGAAAAUAAUGUUUGUGAUGUUGCUUCAGUAAAAUGUGAUGGUCUGACUAAUUUAGUGUCUAUUACGGAAGAAGAUGAAGAUCCCCACAUUCUAGCAACGAGAGAAAAUGAGAAUAUGAGUGUUGAAAGAGUAUAUGCAUUUGAAAUGACAGACCAGGGUGAUGUAAGAGAUCACAAUGUAAAACAAAUAAUAAUGGAUGUAAGAGAUCAUGAAAAAGACGGAGAAACAAGCACAGAGACCAUUUGGAUUUCACACAAGAAACCGUGUGAUGUUUCAAAUGAAAAUAAGGAGCUAUAUAAAGGACAAGAGCAUCAUUCAUCAAAUAUAUCUCUAACACACAGUCAAACACACGAUGAUGCUGGGAAGAUGCUAGAAAAUGAGGAGGUUAGAAAAGACAAAAAAGAGACUGAGAAUACUGCAGUUGAUGAUGUGACCUCAAAGUCAGAGGAAAUGUUUAGUUUUGAAGACUCAGCAACAGAUACAGGAUCUCACGCACAACAACAACUGUUUAUGCAAUCUCCUGAUAAAGAAGACUAUGACUUGCAUGAAAAUGUGAAUGAGAAACAUGAAAAGGAAGAAAUACUUUUCAGUGUAGAAUCAGAGAAUGUAGCUUUUGAUAGAGGCAAUGAGAGAAGUGAAGGAACAGACAGAAUUAAGGAGAUGGAUGCAGCACCAGUCCUGACAUUAGAUGUGGGAGAUGCAGACCUACGUUUAGAAGUUGAAGCACAGAACAAAACAUUUGACUCAACAAACAGUGAAGCAGGUGGAACAGAAGAGAAUAUCAAUGGUGCUAGUGUUUUAGUCAGAGAAAAUAAAGUUAUUGGAAAUACAGUGGAGAGUAAUAUGACUCCUGAUGCACACAUGGAAUCAUUGAAAGUAUCUGAAAAUGCUGAGCAAGAAGUUUCAGGAGAAACAAUUCUCAAGCAAAGUGACAUCAACAUCGUUCCUGAUGAUUCUCAUGAAGAGAAGGCACACGCAAAAUCAAGUCCAGUUAUUCAGAAGAGAAAAAUGGGCUCAACUCGUAGACCUCUCAGAGGGAAUAAAGGACUAAGAAAAGGUCAUGAUGAAAAAGAAAUCUUCAAUUUGGAGGAUGAACCCAGUCCAGAUGAAUCCAGAUAUACUGCAGUGAGUAUCUGUGACAUUUCAGAAUCACAAACUUUCUCAAAAAUCUAUGCAGGGUCCCAGGAAAAUACUGGAGAUGUUGAAAUAGUGCCAGCAGAGGGAGACACAGAAUCCCACUCAGAAAUCAAAACGUUUGACUCAACAGCAUUUGGAGAAGUUGAAGUCCGAGAAGUUGACGUUAUUGGAGGUACCGUGGGCAGUAAUAUGACUACUGAAUCAGAUUUUCAUCAAACUUCUGAUGCAAACAUGGAAACGUUGAAAGUAUCUGAAAAUCCUGAUAGUGAAGAUUUAGAACUCAGAAGUUCACAAUCAGAAAUUCAACCAGAAAACAAAAUGAUUGAGUUAACAUCUGAAGCAGAAAGAACAGAAGAUACCAUCUGUGAAGCUAGUGUUUUAGUCAGAGAAGAUGAGUUUAUUGGAGAUACAGUUACAGUGGAGAGUAAUAUGACUACUGAGUCAGAUUUUCUUCAAACUUCUCCUGAUGCACAUAUGGAAGCAUUGAAAGUAUCUAAAAAUGCCGAGAGAGAAGUUUCAGGAGAAACAAACACAAUUCUUGAACAAAGUGACAUAAGCAUCAUUCCUGCAGAUUUUCACAGAGAAGAGACACACUCAAAAUCAAGUCCAGUUAUUCAGAAGAGAAAAAUGGGCUCAACUCGUAGACCUCUCAAAGGGAAUAAAGGACUAAGAAAAGGUCAUAAUGAAAAAGAAAUCUUCAAUUUGGAGGAUGAACCCAGUCCAGAUGAAUCCAGAUAUACUGCAGUGAGUAUCUGUGACAUUUCAGAAUCACAAACUUGCACAAAAAUCCAUGCUGGGUCCCAGGAAAAUACUGGAGAUGUUGAAGGAGUGCCAGCAGAGGGAGAUACAGAAUCACACUCAGAAAACAAAACAAUUUACUCGCCAGCAUUUGAAGGAGAAACAACAGGAGAGAACAUCUGUGCAGCUAGUGCUUUAGACAGAAACGUUGAGUUUAUUGGAGAUGCAGUUAUAGUGGAGAGUAAUAUGACUACAGAGUCAGAUAUUGUUCAAAAUGACACUUCCACUGAUGCACAACUGGAAACUUUGGUAUCUGAAAAUGCUGAGAAUGAAAUGUCAGGAAAAACAGACAUAAUUUCCAAACAAAGUGUUCCCAACAUCAUUCCUGAAGAUCUUCAUGGAGAGGAGGUACACACAAAAUUGAACCUUAAUGUGCAUAAGCGAAAAAUGGGCUCAACUCGUAGACCUCUUAGAGGGAACAAAGGACAAAGAAAAGUGAGAGUAGAAUCCAAGGAAAAUAAUGGAGAUAGUGAAGGAGUGUCAGAAGAGGAAGACACAGAAACACACUCAGAAAUUCAAAACUGGGAUAACGUGGUUGAUCAGAAUGUGACACAAGAAAUUAUGAAUGUAAGAGAUGUUGAAGAUGAGGAGAGAAAGACCACGAAGACACUGGACAUGUCAGUGCAGGUGCUAUGUGAUGAUUUGGAACUAGAGCAAAGAUCAGAUGCAUCUCAAACACAAACUGGUCCAUCACAGGAAGAUACUGGCUCAUAUUUCCCAGAAAGAACUGCAGAUAUUGUGAGAGACAGUAAUAGUCUUUCUGAUAUGGUCAUGUCUGAUGCCCUUCUUAUGGAGGAAACCCAAAUUCAUGUGUCAUCUAAUGAUGUUCCUCCAACAGAGGUUGUUGAAAUGAAUCCAGUCUCCAAAAAGUCUAUGCAGAAGAGAAAAAUGGGGUCAACUCGGAAGAGAGGUAAGAGGAUGGUAAAUGACAAGGAGGUUGAAGAAGAGAAAGAGGGAGAAACUGAAAAUACAACAGCUGAUGAUGAGACCACAGAGUCAGAGGAGAAAUUAACACUUGAAGAAGCCAUUACAGGAUCUCCUGUACAUCAGCAACUGUUCAGUUCAUCUGCUGAUAAAGAAGACCAUGACAUUCAGGAUAUUGUUUGUAAAUCAUAUGUGCAGGCAGAAAACUCAGAACAAAAUGAUCAAAACUCUACCAUAAAUCCAGAACUAUUGAUAGAAUCUGAAUGUUCUUCAAAUGUUGCUGCUGAAAUGGUUUCAGACCUUCCAUUGGGAGAUGUCGACACAUACUUAGAUCCUAAACAAAGUGUCAUUCCUAAAGAGUCUCAUAGAGAAGUUCAACCAAACUUGAAUCCGGUUGUUCAAAAACGAAAAAUGGGGUCGACACGUAAGACGCUCAAUGGGAACAAAGGGCAGGGAAGAAUAGCAGAAUCCAAAAAGAUGGAUGGAAAUAGUGAAGGAAUGAUACAGGAACAGGAUACAGAACCACAUUUAGAAACCAGUGCAAGGAAAACUGAAUUUGAUGAAGCGGUUGAACAAAACUUCCCAUUUGAAUGUUCUCAUCCAGUGGCUUCUUCAAACAUGCUCCUUGAACCAGAAAAUGGAGUGACGGAAGUUUCUCAGAAUAUUCAUGACCUAUCUGAGGUGAGUGAAGAAAAGGGGAUGGACAAUACUGGAAAUGACAGUAAUAGUCUGAGUGAGGCAAUUAAUCUCAAGGAGGGGACAAAGGUCAAAUUUGUCUUGACAAUUAGUCACGAAGAUGUUCAUCAGAUUGUGUCAGAGCCUGAACAAACUGAAAACACACACAAGGUUAUUCCUACACAAGAACUAAGAGCCACUCUGGAUGAUGUUAUUCAUGAAAACAACUCUCGAAAAAUACCUGCCACCCAAGAAAAGAGGCGAAAGAUGGGCUCAACCCGGAGAAAUUCCCGAGCAAUGCAUGGGAAAAAUAUUGCCGAUAAUGAAGAUGUACUUGGUGUGGCAGAGGAUAGAGAAACUAAGAAAGCAGAGGAUGAUUUAGAAGAAGCAUUAAGCAUCAGUCAGUCCAAGGAUGUGUCUUCAGUCAGUACCACAGAUCUUAAUUCAGAAAUGUUAGCUAGUGUAACUGAUUUAAAAGUUGAUCAUCUUCACAGUUUUAGACCAACAGUGCCUGAAACACAUGAAAAUACCCUUCAAAUAUGUGACAAUCAAUUAGAAAAUGCUGAUGUUACCAAACAUCCACAGUCAGAGACUGUUACCAUUGAGAAGAGAAAAAAGAUGGGCUCGACUCGGAAGAAUCUCAGAAAAGGAGGAAUACGAGGAAAAAGAGAUGGAUAUGAGGACACAGAAAUUGAAGACACAAAUGUGCAAAUGUCUCAGGACUCUGAAAUGAGCUUAGUAAGAGAAGAUGUAAGACAACAGUCAACUCACGACUACUCCAGUCAGCCAGAGGAUUCACUUCUCAGUGAGAUAGAGAGAGCAUUAAAUAAGACGUCUCAAAGUUCAUUAAGUUGUGAUUGGGAAUUAAUCGUCAAAGAACCAAACCCAGAUGACUUAGCCAAUGCUCCUGAUCUCAAUAUGCCAGAAAACUCAGAAAUCAAAUCUCUUCAGCCAAUGCCAUCGGCUCACAGUGAACCCAACUCACCAGGAGGACGAAGAAGAAAAAUGGGUUCAACUCACAAAAAUCUCAGACAGCAGCUCAAAGCAGAAAGGGAGGAUGAAGACAAAGAGGAUGGGGAAAUAGAUGAGAACUCAAAGACAAAUAAGCAAGAAAAGAAGGACCUUGAAAGAGUUGAGGUGUCUGUAGUGCAUAAUAUUACUGAAAACAAACUGAAUAAAGAGUAUCUCGAUGUCUCUAGUGCACACACAAGUAGCAAUCAGCUAGAAGAGAGCACUAACCCUGUUAGCCAAGAAAAGACGUCUCCAUCAACUAAAAGGAAGUUUGGGUCCAGACGUGCUAAUAAGGGCAAACAAGGCCUUGGUAGGUUGGCUGAUUCUGAUUUUGGGAAUGAUUUAGAAGAUGGAGAUCAUAAACCAGACAGCUCUGAGGUCAAGGACAAGCUGCACAGUGAUGACUUAGCGGUUUGUGAUCCGUGCCUCACCUUACAACCAGAGAAUCAACCAGCUUCUGAGCAGAGGAACAUGGAAGCCAAAAAUGAAGAAGCUGCUCCAAAAGGCACUGGUGCUGGUCUCGUUUCUUUGGACCAAAUCAUAAAACAUGAUAGCACUGGAGCUAAGCAGACAGUAAAUUUAAAGAACAGGAUUUCAGAUACUGAAGUAGUUCAGUUUAAUGUUGUCAUGGUGGGAAACAGCUGUGUGGGAAAGACUUCCUUCAUAAGACGCUUCCAUGAAGAUCAGUUCACUGAGGAUUACCGCUCCACUAUUGGUGUUGACACCUGUAUACAGACUGUUGUGCUGCCUGACAGAACUGUUAGACUGCAAAUAUGGGACACAGCAGGUCAAGAGAGGUUUCACAGCAUCACCACACAAGUGUUCCACAAGGCUGAUGGGCUUCUGCUCAUGUAUGAAGUCACAUGUUCAAAGAGUUUUAUUUCUGUACGAGAUUGGAUCUCUCAAGCUCAGCAAAGGGCCCCUAAUGAUGUCAUCAUGAUGUUGCUUGGAAACAAAAAUGAUUCUGUAAAGCGUGAAGUCCAGGUUCAGGAAGGGGCAGAUCUGGCCAGAGAGUAUAACAUACAUUUCAUGGAGUGCAGUGCUGCAACUGGGGUGAAUGUGUCAGAAUCCAUGAGAACUCUUGCAGAGAUGUUAGUGCAGCGCAAGUCACAGAAGGAGAAACACACAACAUUGAGAAGAGAACCACCACAGAAGAAAUCUGGUUGCUGUUGACUGGUGGAGUGGGGUAUGAGUGGUUAUGAACGAAUGAAUGAAACGCAUUUGUCCGUGUUUCACUCCGUCUCGAAUUGCGCUUGCGGAAAUCGCGCUUGUCUCUUCCGCGGCUCGGUACGCUUUCAACAUGUUUUUUUAGUCUCGAGCAAGACUG